AUAAUUUUGAAUGAAAAGAAUACAUUAAUAGUUUACUUUUUGACGCAUUUUAUAAAUAGAGUAUAACUCUAAAUAUUUAAAAAGAUAGCAUACAGUAUUAACUUUUACUGUAAAACGUUCAUUAUGAAAAGAAAAAAUCACAGAAUUCCAAAUAACAAACGGAUAGUAUUUCAAUACAACUUGUGACCACGAGAAAAAAGGCUUACACUGUAACAUGGAUACUUCAAGCGACUUUCCUUCAUCUUUUAAGGGAAUAUCUCACGCUAUCCCGCAAGAUAUGAAACAGUCUAAAAAUUUAAGCGUACCCAAUUUAAAACACGCGAAUCGGUUUGUUUGGACAUCUCCCUUCGAAGACGUAACCUCUUCUUUAGGCGAAACUGAUACUAUUAAUUUAACUAGUGCAAUCACAGCAGCAGCACACGCCGAAUCGCAUGUGCGUCGAGGCAUUAACGCAGCGAAUCAAUUACUACCUUCAUUAACUCAAAAUAUAAAACAUUAUUUCGCUGUUAGUCACAUGUCUGUGUGGUAUAAAAUAUUUGCUUUUUUUUUUCCUCCCUUUGGAUACCGUAAAAUUUGGUCAAACAACCAACUGAUAUUUUCUUGCGAUUUAGCCUCAGCUUGUGACGAAACUAACAUUUAUCAUUUGUUACCUGACCUUUACGUUCCUUUAAUGGCUUUUACAACUUAUGUGUUACUUUGUGGUUUAACUCAAGGGGCACUGCAAGAAUUUCAUCCUCAGAUAUUUUCCUCUACUGCAUCAUACGCUUUGAUUCUCAUUAUUUUUGAAUCAGCGGUUUGCAUCUUCGGUUUUUACCUUAUUGGCGCCCAGCAUCUUCCCAUUUUAGAUGUUUUGUCUAUUUUAGGACUCAAAUUUGAAGGAUCGGUCGUCAUUGUUAUUAUAGGAUUACUUUUUCGUCAUAUUUCAUAUGUUUUUUGGGCUGUUGCUCUUUACUGUAGUUUGUGUGCGUCCAACAGUUCGUUUCAGUGGAUAAAAAAAUGUGAGAAGUGUAAUCAAACACAUUUAGAAUGGAAGUCUUCUAAGAUGAAUGCUACACUGUUUCACUAUUUUACCAUUGUUAUUUCCAUUGCUCAAAUACUAUUCACAUGGUUUUUAAUCCCGUCUCUUUUAAAAAAAGCACCAAAGGUCUAGUCUCUAAUGAGUUAUGUAAAUGUACCUUUUUUUACCUUACUAAAACAAAGAAUGCUACAUUGCAUAUUAAUGGAUGGUUCGAUCU